AUGCAUUCUCCAAUGACAGACAAUUUUGUUAUAAAACAGAGCUCAGUAUUGGCACACUGGCGUCUUGUGGUCAUUAAAACCCUCACCAUCUUGCCUAAGAGAAAGACUGAGGGGCAUUUUCAAGGAGAUAAAGCCAAGGUGAAGAAUAAACCACAGAGUAGAUCCACCAGGUUAUUGGAGAAAACUUUUCCUCCAAAGCCAGAGCCCAAGCCUAAAAAGGCCCUGGCCAAGAAGGGAGAGAAGAUACCCACUGAGAAAAAGGGAAAGACUCAUUCUGGCAAGGAUGGGAAUAACCCUGCAGAGAAUGGAGAUGCCAAAACAGACCAGGCACAGAAAGCUGAAGGUGGUGGAGAGCCCAAGGGAAGUGUGUGCAUGUUUGAUAACUUUGUAUUUCAGAUCACUGUACAGUUUGAAAUACUGUUUGUUACCUAG